UGGGAAACAGUAGACAGAUAAGUGCGUCUGAGAGACUGCAGGCAUCUCUGUGAUCUCCGGGCUCAAGGCUGCACUCGGCACACUACACAGCGAACUCCACUGCAUCAUUACUGGAUAGGAGAAGGGAUCACUGUGUAUCUAUGACUAUUUUACAGCUCUUGUAGUUGUUUCCCCCAUUUUCUUCCCGUGCACUUUAAUUGGAGAAGCUCGCCAAGAUGAUGUCCAUGAACAGCAAACAGCCGCACUUCGCCAUGCAUCCCUCUUUACCCGAGCACAAGUAUACCACCCUGCAUUCCAGCUCGGAAGCUAUAAGGAGAGCUUGUCUACAAACUCCACAGCUGCAGAGCAACAUAUUCGCGAGCCUGGAUGAGACCCUGCUGGCCCGGGCUGAGGCUUUGGCGGCCGUGGACAUCGCCGUGUCCCAGGGCAAGACGCACCCGUUCAAGCCCGACGCCACCUACCACACGAUGAGCACGGUGCCAUGCUCGUCAAAUUCAACUGUUCCACUGGCCCACCACCACCACCACCAUCACCACCACCACCACCAGAAUCUGGAGCCCCAGGACAUCAUGGACCACAUCACCUCGCCGUCCCUCGCCCUAAUGUCCAGUGCACACGAUGGGACCGGCGGAGGAGGCGGCGGGGGCGGCGGAGGUGGCGGCGGAGGGCUCAUCUCCACCUCUGCCCACCCGCACUCACACAUGCACGGCUUGGGACACCUCUCCCACCAGGCUAUGAGCAUGAACUCACCUCUCACCCACCACGGGCUCUUACCGGGCCACCACGGGGGGAGUCAAGGCGGCCCUGGGCUCAAUAACGCCGGCCUGCCCAGCAUUAUGAAUGACUCGGACACGGACCCAAGGGAGCUGGAGGCUUUCGCGGAGCGCUUCAAACAGCGGAGGAUCAAGCUGGGGGUGACCCAGGCGGACGUGGGUGGCGCUCUUGCUAAUCUCAAAAUCCCCGGCGUAGGAUCACUGAGCCAAAGUACAAUUUGUCGAUUCGAGUCGUUAACUCUCUCCCACAACAACAUGAUUGCGCUCAAACCUAUCCUCCAGGCCUGGCUGGAGGAGGCCGAGGGGGCCCAGAGGGAGAAAAUGAGCAAACCGGACAUUUUCAACGGAGGAGAGAAGAAGCGCAAGAGGACCUCGAUAGCAGCCCCAGAAAAGAGGUCUUUGGAAGCGUACUUCGCCGUGCAGCCUCGACCGUCGUCCGAGAAAAUAGCAGCUAUAGCGGAAAAGUUGGACCUGAAAAAAAAUGUGGUGCGAGUGUGGUUUUGUAACCAAAGACAGAAGCAGAAGAGGUUGAAAUUUUCCGCUGCUCACUGAUGGAAAAAGAUUUUUUUUUUUUUUUUUUUUUUUUUUUUAAAGUUGUGGGACUGAAUUUGGGGACCAAGGGGACACUAAGACACCAUUUUCAGUCUUUUGUCUCCAGCGCUUUUACUCGUUGGUGCACAAUGGGCUUUAGAUUACCCAUUUUCUGAGGCUUCAUAUAUCUUGUUUAUUUUCACGUUAUCGGUGAAUGUGAAGUAUGCAAAUAACAGAUUACACACAAUUUCGCUCAGUUGUUUCGAGGGAAAAAAAAGUUUUAGCGACGUCGACAUUGCCUUUUAACACAUGGGAAAAAAAGAGGUAAUAUGCUUAAUAUUAUAGCGAGUUAUUUUCUCCGAAUAGGCCUAUUAUUUGAAGUAUAGCCAUUUACGAAUUACCUCAUUGAUUGUUGAACUGUGUUUCUGGUUUGAUUUUUGUCGUUAACUUGUUGGUAUAGAAUAAUUCAUGAAUCUGUUCAUUUAUUCAUCUGUUUAUUUAUUCUCAUUUGGAGGCUGCUAUGAAUUCAAAUUUGGUUGCAAACGUUAAAUGGCUAAAGAAAAAAGAAAGUAGGCCUGCAUGAAAUCCUAAUUCACGGGCAGUAAGUUAGCCUCUGAAGGCUGUCACAGAGAUAUAUUUAUUUUAAAUUUGCACAAAAGACCCUUUAGGUUUAUAGUUGAAAUGGUUUUGUAUAUACAGACAUCACUUUGUCACUUAUCAGAAGGUGAGCUCCUGUGUUUUGGAAAUUAUUUUAUUGGGUCUAAAUUUGCAUCACGAGGAAAAGUUUCAAGUAGAUCCAGAGAGCACGAGAGCCUUUUCAGCUUCAUAAGUGAGAGAUCGCAGUGAAAAUAAUGUGUUCCAGUUUGCAGUGCAAACACUCUAUGCAUUUGGAAAAAGAAUCACUGCGUACAGUUGAGCUGUCUGCUGAUCAGACCUUAUUUUGUGGGUGGUGUAAGUCACUGUUAAAUGCCUGUUUUUCACAUUGAGAUCACCACGUUGUUUGUCGUGUCAAUUGUUACGGAAACGUUGUGUAAGUAACCUUUUUACUUUGUGCACAAGUAUGUUUACAAAAACUGCGGCGACAUGUGCAUCAUGGAAAAUGUCCUACUGUGUCCUUCUCUCUGUCACAAGUUCUCCUCUGUUGUCCUCUUACUUUCAUUGGUACUCUUCAUCCUGUAAGCCAAAUCCAACAGGGAGGUGUG